AUAUGUUUAGUCGAAUCACUUCAAGAGAUUCCUCACUUCUCACUGCUCACUGUAAUAAUUGAUUGGUCCUCGAAAACAUUUGAUUCUCCUCGAAGGAAAUCGGGGACUAUUAUCGCCUUUAAUAGUGCUCGUUUGUGAACAAUGGCUACUUAAUCAUACAAAGUACGCUCACACAUCUUAACUAUAAGUGAAAAAUAUAAGCAAAAAUAAUUAGCUGAAAGCUAAGAAAAAAUUGACUUUUUAUAUACACAGUAGUUAAAGUUAUGUAAAUAUUUAUAAAAAUAUAAUAAAUUACACAUAUUAGAUUGAAGUUUCAUUAUUACAAAUGGAAGGUAACUGUGAAGACAAUAAAAUAUCUAAGCCAAAUACUUGGCCGUAUAUGAACAUAGGAUCAUUGUUCAUAUCAUUUUUGACUAAAUUGGCAACUGCUGGUGUUAUUUGGAGCUGGGGAUAUCUAAACUUAAAUAUAGCAUGGUUAAUUGCACCAAUUGCUUUGGUAGCAUGGAAAGUAGAACGCAGGAAAGACAACGAAUUAAAAGCAAUUACUGCCCAAGCUAGUGUUAUGGCUAAAGAAAAAGAACUAAUAAUGAGUCGAUUGGAUGAAUUACCUUCUUGGGUUUACUUCCCUGACUUUGACAGAGCUGAAUGGUUAAAUAAAGUUUUGUAUAAAGUUUGGCCAAGUAUAAAUCAAUUUACUCGUGAACUUUGCAAGCAAACUAUUGAACCUGCUAUAGUAGAGAAAUUGGGAGAAUAUAAAGUAAAAGGAUUUCAGUUUGAAAGGCUGGUCUUGGGUCGUAUUCCUUUAAAAAUUUAUGGUAUCAAAGCAUAUGAUAAAAAUACUUCAAGAAAUGAAGUCAUUGUAGAUGCAGAUAUUAUAUAUGCCGGUGAUUGUGAUAUUACUUUUGCGGUUGGGAAUAUAAAAGGUGGUAUUAAGGAUUUUCAAAUUCGUGGAAUGAUGAGAAUAGUUAUGAAACCAUUAUUACCUGCAAUACCUAUAGUUGGUGGUGUGCAAGCAUUUUUUUUAAAUCCACCAGCUAUUAAUUUUAAUUUAGUUGGAGUUGCAGAUGUUCUUGAUUUACCUGGCUUUAAUGAAAUUUUAAGGAAAACAAUAGUAGAACAAAUAGCAGCUUUUGUCGUAUUGCCAAAUAAAAUUGUUAUACCAUUGACUGAAGCAGUUCCAGUUGAAUCAUUAAAAAUACCAGAGCCUGAAGGUGUUUUAAGAAUUCAUGUAGUAGAAGCAAAGCACCUUAUGAAAAAGGAUAUAGGAAUGUUAGGUAAAGGUAAAUCUGAUCCAUAUGCCAUUAUAAAAAUUGGAGCACAAGAAUUUAGAACAAAGACUAUAGAUAAUACUGUGAAUCCAAAAUGGGAUUUUUGGUGUGAGUUUAUAGUGGAAAAGAGCUUGGGAGCCUAUUACAACACGGUGGUUGCCCACCUUUUUGACAAAGACAACGCUGGUCAAGAUGAUCCACUUGGCAGGGCUACUAUUGAAGUUAGUAGAGUGAAAAAGAAGGGAAAUAUUGAUACAUGGAUUUCAUUAGAACACGUAAAACAUGGCAUGGUUCAUUUACGAUUAACAUGGCUUCAACUAUCAAAAAAUGUUUCUGAUUUGCAAGCUGCAUUAGUGGAAACUCAAGAACUUAGAAUAACAUCAAUGAGUACAGCUCUACUUAUACUUUAUAUUGAUUCAGCAAAAAAUUUACCAUGUGUUCGAGGAAAUAAACAGCCUGAUGUAUAUCUUGAAGCAAGUGUUGGUGGAAAUACAAAAAGAACAUCUACUAUAUUACGUUCUUGUGAUCCAGUAUGGGAACAAGGUUUCACUUUUUUAGUGAGCAACCCAGAAACUGGUGUUUUACAUAUAAAGAUCACAGAUGAAAAGACUGCUGUCAUAAUAGGAGAAAUGAGUUACAAUAUCUCUUUACUUUUAAAACAGAACAAUCUUGAAAUUACACAACAACCUUAUGAUUUGCAAAUGGCCGAAGUUGAUAGCAAAUUAAUAUUAUCUAUAUCAUUAAACAUUUUAAAAUAUGAAAACCCUGAGCCUAUUUCAGAAGAAGAUGAUGACGAUCAUGAUAUUAAUCAAUUGAAUAAAAGAAUCGAACGUCAAGAAUCAAAUAUUAGCACAGUAUCAAAUAGUCUCCCGUCUACUCCACUAAAAAGACAACCCUCAAAGGAGUCAGUUAAUAGCUUAACACGUAGUACUGGAUCUGCUGCAGUAAUUGUACCUGAAGAACCAGGUACAGCAGAAGAGGAAUUAAUUGUUAUUACUACUGCUCCAUCUUCUGUUACUGCUGGAAAUCAACAGUUGAUUCAUAGAAAUCCAAAUGUGACAUUAUCUGCGGGUGAAGCUAAGCUAGGUCGAAUACAGUUGUCUAUACGUUACAGCAUACAAAGACAGAAGCUUAUAAUCGUUAUACACAAAAUAGCUAACUUACCUCUGCCACAAAAUGAUCCGCAUAACAUACCAGAUCCAUACGUAAAAUUGUAUCUUCUACCUGACCGUCAUAAGGAAACCAAACGUAAAACAGCAGUAAUGAAGGAUAAUUGCAAUCCAGUAUUCGAUGAACAAUUUGAGUAUGUUGUUUCUCAAGCUGAUUUAAACAGUCGUACAUUGGAAGUGUCUGUAUGUACACAAAAGGGUUGGUUAUCGACUGGAAGCAACGUCAUGGGUCAAGUUUAUUUAAAUUUGAGUGAAAUUGAUGUUACAAAAUCAUCCACGAGCUGGUAUGAUUUACAACCAGAGACUAAAGACUAGAAGUUCAAGAAAAGCAAGUGGGGAUUUGGACAGUUGUUUAUAUGUUUUCGAAAACAAUCUGUUGAAUUUCCACGAUGCGAGUUCUCGAAACGCUGAUGUCUACAAUCAUGUGAUUAAAUCAAAAUUCUACGUAAAAAAAAAAAUUUUAAGAAAGAAGAGUUUAAACAUAUGAAAGUUUUGAGAAAAUAUCACUGAAUACGUUUAUUAUCUAUUUAUACUUGCGGACCGUCCAUUGUCGUAAAACAUAUUUAGUUUCAUAGUUACUGCGCGUGAGCACGUGUUACGUUAUGUUACCUUUAUUUUGUAGAAUAUUUUUGUCAAUGGCAAGUGCCAUUAAUAAAAUAAUUAAUUGUUGUUAUCUCUAUAAUAUACACACGAUUCUAAUUCUACGCAUAAUAUUAUACUACGUGUAUAAUAUGGCAUUCGUUAUGAAAAACGACUUAAUAUUUUAUGCAAAAGUUUAUUCAUAAUUCUUCUGAAUAUGUUUUAAAUUACAAUCACUAAAUGCUUCAUUUUGCUUUUAUUAUAUUUAACUUAUUAUUGUUUUCUUUACCAUUUGUGAUUUAUUAUUGAUAUACAUUUAUAAUAAUUUUAUAUUUAUAUAAUUCAACAAAGUACCACUUAAAUAGCGUUACAAUUCGCACAUCAUACUACUAAGUGAUAGAUUACUAACAAAGCAGUAUCGUUCAAAAUUCAUCGUUAGCAUAAGUUAUUGAAUCAAAUAUAUAAUAUAUGCGUGUUAUAUUUAUACCAGAGUUUUUGCUAUAUUGUAUAUUGCUAUAUAUUAUAUAAACUUAUGUUUUUGCGUAUACUGGUGUAAAAUAUUACCAGUAUAAUAUUGCAAAUUGUUGAUAAUAAUAAAAUAUAUACAUUGAAGCUGCAA